AUGCUGUCAGAUGGGUACAUCCCUUAUAAGAAGCUCUCUGUACCAAGGGCAGAUAAUAUUGGACUAGUACCUUGGUCCGAAGAUGUCUCAAUUAAACGAGCGAGACAACAGCAGGGUGAGGAUAGUACACCUAUAGGUGCUCUUGAUAUCGCUCCUGGCUGCCCUUUAGGAAAGAAGUCAUGCGGAAAUUUAGGUCGUCCUGAAAUUUGCUGCGACAACGAACACACAUGUCUACCCACGAAUAAUACACUUAACGGUGUCUAUUGUUGCCGCUCUCCCGACCCUAUAAACUUACCCUGUGACGAAGAAAACCUCAAAUGUGAUUCAGGUUGGUACGAAUGCCCUGCAUCUGCUAAUGGUGGCUGCUGUAAAUACGGCCAGAGAUGCGGUCUUCUACAGUGCUUCGAGGCAGGUGGGCCGACUUCUCCUGCCCUAGCCCCCACCUCAACAGCGGGAUCGUUCGGCUCCAUUGAAGAUGAUAAGAAUACUCGUACUGUGGAAAGAACAACAAUCCGUUACAUGCCAGGUAUAAAUACAUCAACAAUGACCAUAACCUCAGCUUCGACAUCCUUAGAAGCAGCCACCACAACCAGAUCUAGGACUUCAUAUACCCCAGUAAUAUAUAAUACACCGACAACAACCACAUCAACAGAUGAUAUGCCGACUAGUACUGAACUUAAUGGUGCGCCAAUCACAUAUACGGCACAUGGCACAAUAACUGCAAAUUCUGCAGCUGGGGCAAGAGCAAAGGUUGGACGCCAUUGGAGUUGGAUGGUAAUGUCUUGGUGGAUAGUCGCAGCCUUUCUUGAGGGGGUUUAG